CUGCGGUCAUUGGGGCACUCGUCACACUGCGGUUCUGUAAAUAACAUGCAUCAGAACGGAACACUCCACAUCUCAAUACGACACUGGACCAGAAUAGUUAAUUUAUAAAAAUUCAAUGAUGACUACAGAGAUGAGAAGUAACUUCACUGGACUUUUGACCGCAAAAGGAUGCUCUCUGGUCCAAGACUAGUACUCCCUCUUAUCUGGGGGACACUGGACACGGCACCCGCUCUUGGUCAGGCAUGCCUGUGCACAGUCCUUCAGCCUGCUGGUCUGCUAGUCAACUGCACCUCUAAUUACCUCUUGGAGGUGCCUCCUCUGCCAUCAGACACCACAGAGCUCCUCGUACAGGGCAAUGGCAUCACCACAAUCCCUUCAGGCCUAUUUGAUAAACUGGUGGGCCUUCAAAGUGUCUCCCUCACUGGUAAUCCUUUCCACUGUGAUUGCAACAUUGAAUACCUGAGGAACUGGCUGUUAAGGAACAAAGCUGCAGUCUCACAGGAGCCCACAUGCUUUGGUCCCAGCUCUGUGACUCAGAAAGCUAUCACAGAACUCACUGAUGAUUACUUUAUCCAGUGCGGCCCAAGAGGCUUCGGUAGUAGUACCUCUGCUGUUGUGAUGAUACUGAUGCUCUGCUGCAUUAUUGUUCUGCUUCUUUGGAGCCUGAGACUUGCCAAAAACUGCACAUUUACUCUUAAAAUAGAGGAAAAACACAUGGGACUUAAGGCUGACUAUUUACAUCCUUUAAGAGUGAGGCAUAGAACAAGACUUUCUGCUCUCAAUGACCCUUUUUAUGUGCUCACUGAGGAAUUGAAUAUACAUCCUGUCAACAAGGAGUUUCUACCACAAGUGCUGGAUAUGAUGCACAAGAAACACAAUAUUAAGAUCAAAGCUACCUGAGGAGCCUAUUUGAACACAUUUCAAGCGAACACUAAAAAGGUCAUUAAGAAAACUCCUGACUUAGAAUAUGAAUUAAAAAAUAUAUACAGUGUAUCACAAAAAUGAGUACACCCCUCGCAUUUCUGCAGAUAUUUAGGUAUAUCUUUUCA